AUGUCUAUGCUGCCUGACGCCGCUGAGCUUAGAAGACGCUGGUCGGACAAGACCACCGCUGUCUUCAGCCUCAGCGACCGCUACGACUCCCGCACUUUUCCGGCCGAGAACUUCGAGCGCGAGUUCGACUUCAAGAGCUGCGACAACAUCGUCUUCAUGAACGGUGUGCGGACCGGCGCCCCGGAGGACGUGAUCCUGCUCACCAAGGGCUCCGGCCACAUGGCGCUGCCCCCCCACGUUCAGGUGAUCGUGUCAGGCGGCUUCGCCAAAUGCAGCUCCGAGCGCUCCGUCACCGACGGCUCGACCGUCAUCGGCGCUGGCGCCCGCGCGCCGCCCCCGAGCCGCGUGGAGGGAGCCUAUGCCCACUCUUCGGCCGACUCGGGCUAUAGCGGCUCCGUCCGCGGCAACGCCGUCGACAGCUACCGCAUGAGCCCGCCCCGCGACGCCACCACCUUCAUGCGCAGCGGCCCCGUCGCCAGCUCCUACAUGUCGGCUGCCGGCAUCCCCCCGCCCCGCAGCACCGCCGGCGAGUGGGAGGUCGUUGGCCAGCUGGAAGGCUUCCAGAACGGCAUCCGCGAUGACUGCAGCAUCGCCCCGAGCGAGAGCAUCAGCUCCGUCGGCAGCCGCGGCAACGGUGGCGUCAUCCGCCGCGCCACCCACAACUUUUGA